CCUAGUUUCUCAUUGAUGAAAAAAUAAUUAACACUUUCCUUGUCGAUCUCUCUGGGAAAUAUAAAAAACGCUCGAUCUCUUUUGAUAACAAAUAAGUGAUCAAUAAAGAAGAAAGAGGCACUGAUGAUGAGUCUGCCGAACUACUACUUGUUUGUUAAUGUUAUUAUAAUUGGAUCAUUAUUAUUAAUGACAAUAAUGUCCACACUAGCUUCACUUAUUGCAAGACCAGGUUGCCAAGUAAAGUGUGGAAAUGUAGAUAUUCCAUACCCUUUCGGAAUUGGACCAUCCAAAUGUUUUCUUGACAAACAAUUCGAAAUCUCCUGCGAUAACAACUCUUCUACGCCUGUUCUCAAACACACUCAGCUACAGGUACUUAAUAUUUCAUUAAUUCCUGAUGGUAGAUAUCGUGGUAUUGCUGAUUAUGAUUACGAUUCCCAAUGGAUUGUGGUGAGAAACCCCAUUAGUUUCUUCGAUUGCGGAAACAAGACAAUAAGGCAAAAAUCAGCAAAUUUAGCAGGAACCCAGUUUUACUAUUCGCGUGGCAAUGUAUUCAUUGCAGUAAGUUGUGGUGCCCUGGCCAAGUUCGUAACAAAGUCAGGCAACAUGCUCUUCCAGAAUGGAUGCUCAUCCAAUAGUACAACAACUACAUCAGCUAGUCAUAAUAUUAUUGAUUUUAGUAAUUGCGAUGGCGUUGAAUGUUGUACUACUUCCGUCGUCUUCCCUUCGGAUGUUGUGGGCAGCAGCUUCGAAAUCUCCAUGGAUAAUGAUUCUUCUGGUACUCCUGCAAAUCAUUGCCAAUGCAAAUAUGCAUUCUUGAUAGAUUAUGAUGAAAUUGAUAAACAUAAAACAUUUGGUGAUCUGGAUUAUGUUCCCGUCCGGCUAAGUUGGUCCCUUAACAGUACGUAUUUCGAUGUAUUUAAAACACGUGUUAUGCCAUUGCCAACCAGAACUAGCAACUUCCAUUGUUGGACUUUGACGGACAAUAAUAACUACCGCCUUUUAAAAUCCCCUUUAGAUCGGAUACAUGAUUGUUCGUGCAGGGGUGGGUUUCGAGGGAAUCCCUAUCUGGUGGGUGGGUGUAGUGAAGAUAUUAAUGAAUGCAUUGAGGGAAUAGCAUUUUGCCCUGGAGGCUCUACUUGCGUGAACACUUUCGGGGGCUAUCACUGUAGUUAUAAACGCAUGGCUAUCUUUAUAGGUGUAGGAGCUGGGUUUCCUACUGGAGCAUUAAUUCUAGUUUUUGGCAUGUGGAGAUUACACAAUUUCAGAAAGAAAAGAAAAGCAGUUCAACAGAAGAAAGCAUUUUUCAAAGGUCUUUUGUUGGAACAACAAAUGCAAACAAGUGAAAACAAUGUUGAACAAACCAAGUUGUUUGAUUUAAAAGAGUUAGAGAAGGCAACUAAUCAUUUUAGUAUGGAUAGAAUUCUUGGCCAAGGAGGUCAAGGAACUGUGUACAAAGGAAUGUUGGAAGAUGGAAAGAUUGUUGCUAUAAAGAAGUCUAAAAUAAUUGAUGAAGCCAAACUUUCUCAAUUCAUUAAUGAGGUUGUCAUUCUUACGCAAAUCAAUCAUAGAAAUGUUGUUAAGUUAUUGGGAUGUUGUUUGGAGACAGAUCUUCCAUUUCUAGUUUAUGAAUUCAUACCAAACGGGACACUUUCUGAGUUUAUUCAUCAGAGAAAUAUGGAGUUUCCUUUUACAUGGAGCAUGCGAUUGCGAAUUGCAACUGAAGUUGCAGGAGCUCUUUCAUACUUACAUUCAGGGGCUUCUUUUCCAAUUUAUCAUCGAGAUGUUAAGUCUACAAACAUACUCCUAGAUGAAAAAUUGAGAGCAAAAGUUGCAGAUUUUGGUACAUCAAGAACUAUUUCCUUAGAGCAAACUCACUUGACCACUUUAGUUUAUGGCACAUUUGGUUAUCUAGAUCCAGAAUAUUUUCAAUUAAGCCAAUUUACAGAUAAGAGUGAUGUUUAUAGUUUUGGAGUGAUUCUUGUCGAGCUCUUGACUGGACAAAAAGUAAUAUGUGCAACAAGGUCUGAAGAAGGAAAAAGUUUGGCGACAUAUUUCAAAAUGACAAUGAAGGAAAACAGUCUUUUUGACAUUCUUGAUGGUCAAGUUCUCAAAGAUGCGCCAAAAAAAGAGAUCAUAGUUGUUGCUGAUCUUGCACAGAGAUGCUUACAUUUGAGCGGAAGGAAUCGACCUACCAUGAAAGAAGUAGCAAAGGAGCUAGAGAGGAUACAAGUCAUUGAUAAUAAAGAUUCAAAGGGUAGUCAACAUGAUUAUGUAGAGUUAGCAUAUGCACAACCUGAAAUUGCAGACUCUUGGAAUAAUUCUACAUCGUCAAUAGAGUUAACUUUUGAUAGUGCUGCUACUAGCUUCUCGUUGCAUCAAGAAUUAUCAUUGUUGUAAGGGUGAACAAAUAUAGUAAUAUCCUUUUUGUACAUAGUACUCUUCACUUAUUUUUUUCUAUCUUAAAUUUGAGAGAUCAAUUAUAUAUUGUGGUUUACUUUAUUGGUUAAUAUUGUUAACUUUGGUUUCAUCUGAACGCUUGGUACUUUUACUAUGUAAUAUAA